UCUCCAUCCUCCCGGCGAUGCGCUGUGCGUUAUGACGCCAGGCCGUUUGACGAGUGCGUUACGUGGGACUGGCAGAGCAGCACAGCAGCCUGGCUCCUCGUUAUGUAAUGCAUCGGAUGCUGCUGCACGGGCACUGAGUUGCAGGGGUGAAAAAACAGACGGAUGGCUGAUUUAGAGACACAUAACGGCGCGUUUGCUUCUGACUGAGCGUGCAGACGUCUGCUGUCGGCAAGUACAAUGAUAGCUGCAUAUCGCUGGGUGCAGUGUGAUUGAGCCCGGCCGGGCAUCAGUGGCCUAUCCCCAAGGUGCACAGACGUCUGGAGCCUGCGGAAGCUGCACUGCUUCUUCUUUUUGCUUUUUUUUUUAUAUUUUUGUUUGUAGCCGAUCAGAGGCGUGUCUCUGUUUAAACCCGUCUCCUACAUCAGUUGAAAUCAACCAAUGCGGGUUUGUUUCGGAGAAGAAACGGGUUCAUAUUUGCUUCUUUAUCGCGCUAUUUUAGUCCGACAGCCACUGAGCUGUGGUAUAAACAAUGGCGGGUCCCGAGCAGUCCCAGCAGCAGCAGCAGGUAGAGGAGAAGGCAGAGCACAUAGAUGAUGCUGAGAUGGCCCUGCAAGGUAUCAACAUGCUGCUCAACAACGGAUUCAAGGAAAGCGACGAGCUUUUCAGGAGAUACAGGACCCAGAGCCCGCUGAUGAGCUUUGGGGCCAGUUUCGUCAGUUUUCUGAAUGCCAUGAUGACAUUUGAGGAGGAGAAGAUGCAGACAGCCUGUGACGACCUGAGGACCACUGAGAAACUGUGUGAGAGUGACAGUGCCGGAGUCAUAGAGACAAUCAGAAACAAGAUUAAAAAAAGUAUGGACUCCCAGAGGUCAGGCGUUGUGGUCGUGGACCGCCUACAGAGACAGAUCAUCGUUGCUGACUGUCAGGUGUACCUCGCUGUGCUCUCCUUCGUCAAGCAGGAACUUUCAGCUUAUAUCAAAGGAGGCUGGAUCCUUCGUAAGGCGUGGAAAAUGUACAAUAAGUGCCACAGUGACAUCAGCCAGCUGCAGGAUACCUGUCAAAGGAGGUCCUCUGUCCAUCAGGAGUCCCUCUCAACAGACAACGCCAACCACAACGCACCGGUGGAGAAUGGCGUGACGGCCGAGGCCCUGGACCGACUCAAGGGCUCCGUCAGCUUCGGCUACGGCCUCUUCCACCUGUGCAUCUCCAUGGUACCACCACACCUGCUCAAGAUUAUCAACCUGCUGGGUUUCCCUGGUGACCGUCUCCAGGGCCUGUCAUCCCUUAUGUACGCGAGUGAGAGCAAGGACAUGAAGGCACCACUAGCUACGUUGGCCCUCUUGUGGUACCACACAGUAGUGCUGCCCUUCUUUGCUCUGGAUGGCUCUGAUACACAUGAGGGGCUGCUGGAAGCCAAAGCUAUUCUGCAGAGAAAGUCGGUGGUUUACCCCAACUCAUCCCUCUUCAUGUUCUUUAAAGGACGGGUCCACAGGCUAGAGUGCCAUAUCAACAGUGCUUUGGCCUGUUUCCAUGAUGCAUUAGAGCUUGCAUCAGACCAAAGAGAGAUCCAGCAUGUGUGUCUCUAUGAGAUUGGCUGGUGUAGCAUGAUAGAGAUGAAUUUUGAAGAUGCAUACAGGUCGUUUGAAAGGCUGAAGAAUGAGUCACGUUGGUCGCAGUGUUACUAUGCCUACUUGACUGGAGUGUGUCAGGGUGCUUCAGGUGACCUGGAUGGAGCAAGCGGCGUUUUCAAAGAUGUGCAGAAGCUGUUCAAGAGGAAAAACAACCAGAUAGAGCAGUUUGCUGUCAAAAGGGCUGAGAGAUUGCGAAAGACCUCCCCCACCAGAGAGCUAUGCAUCCUUGGUGUAAUUGAAGUGCUGUAUCUGUGGAAAGCGCUUCAAAACUGCUCCUCAUCUAAACUGCAGAUAAUGAAUCAGGUGUUACAGAGUUUAGAUGAAGCUUCGUGCAGAGGCCUGAAACACCUCCUUCUUGGUGCAGUUCACAAAUGUCAUGGAAAUAUGAGAGAUGCUGUUCAGGCAUUCCAGCUGGCUGCUAGAGAUGAGUAUGGGCGACAGAUCAACUCAUAUGUUCAGCCAUAUGCUGUCUAUGAGCUCGGAUGUAUACUCCUCGCAAAACCAGAGACGGUGGGCAAGGGGAGAUCAUUGCUACUUCAAGCAAAGGAGGAUUUUACUGGCUACGACUUUGAGAACAGGCUUCAUGUCCGCAUCCAUUCAGCCCUGGCUUCUUUGAAGGAAGUAGUGCCUCAGUGACCCCUGGAAGGAAAGCUAUAGUGGCUCAAGUUAUGCUUAUGGCUUUUCACACCAAGUGUUUAGCCAUUCAAAAUAACUGUACGACAUCUCAGUAAAUAGACUACUGCGUUUCUCAUUCUUAAAGGAUUUGGGGAAAUACACUUGUUUGUGAUAUUACCCAGUCACACCGAUAUGAGGUGUUAUCUGCAUUUUGUACAGUUAACAGUGUUUACGUGUUCAUACCAACCUAGCAGGGAGCACAAAGUAGAUGGAAAUGGCUAGCUUAGCUAUGUCUAGCAAGUUAAAAAUGCCUAAAAACCUCAAAGCUUUGAUACCAGUAUGGGCUUGUUAGCCAGCAAGCUAGUCACCUCUCUGGGCAGCCCACUAAUGGGACAGCACUGUUUGGAAGCUGCUGUUGUUGGUGAAAAAAUAGCUCCAACCGCUUCUGGUCUAAUUUUUGCAUUUCUGUUUUAUGGCAUGUUCAUAAACAGUAAAACAUGUAUAAAUAAUAUAUCUUUGGGCUUGUUAGGAGGUGCAUUUUUUUCAAUUUGACAAAGCUAAGCUAACGGUGUCCCCUUGCUUCCUGGCCUAGCGCUAAGCUAGGCUAAACACAUCCCACGGCCUCUUUCUGAACAGAUGCACAAAGAUGAUAUUAAUAUCAAUCCUUGACAACAAACAAGCAUAUUUCCCCAAAUCUCUAACUGUUCUUUUGAGUAUUUUCUGCACCCAAAUGUAUUAGCUAGCUUGUAACAAUCUUCCUCAUUAAUGUAUUUGGAGGAUUUCAGUCCUGCCUCCCCAUCCCUCCAGUGAGCCAUUCAGCACAUAAAAGUAACUUUUUAAUGAGAUCAUAUUUCCCUUAAUAGUAGAACUUUACAAUGAGUUGUAAAAUAUACAGAUAAUAGUGUUUUUAAACGUUCUUAAAAAACAUGCAGACAACAUUUGAGCAUCUCACUUUCAGUAAUAAAAAAUAAUCAAUGAUACCAAUUCUUUGCCAUAUCACAUAUAAUGAAAAGGAUAAGGGAAAGAUUAGUCAGAUUUAAUAUUUGAUUUUUAUAUAUUGUUAUAAAGGACUCCAUGGAUUGUUAAUUUUUCAGCAAUUAUUUCACAAGUGAAGCUUUUCCUAAUUCCAUUUUCAAUAUCUGCUUGUUAAAUUGCAAAUGGCCAUUGCGUCAUAUCAAAAAAACUUACUAUACACAAUGGAAAUAAAAUAACAAACCUGUAGUCUGAUUAGUUACCAUGGGUAUAGUUAAAUAUUGCCAAAAACUUUCACUGCUGCUGUGAGUUAAUUAUUCACAUCCAAGUAGUUAGACAUAAUACCUUUAUAGUAAUUGAGAAAUCACCACACAUCACAAUGCCCUAAUGAAAUUUCUUUUGGAAACACUGGGCAUUGAUCCUGUGCACUAUGCAUGGUAUGGCAGGGUAACAGUGGCUGUAAGACUGUAAUGAAGUCAAAUGUACCUGUGUGUCCAUCCCUGCAAUUAAGGUGUUAUAAUACAGUACACUUGGUACUGUAACAUUAUCAUUGAAAGGUGCUGCUAAAUGUCAGCCUAAUAAACAUAUAUUACUAGUGACUUAUUUUAAUAGUGUUUUAGUGAUACAAGCUUUUGAAGUAGUCCAUAAUAGUGACAAGUUUAUUUAUUACAUAGCAGAAGUUGUACUUUUACAAGUGUCAUUUACAGUGAGCAAUUUUAAUUUGAGUCUUGAACUCAAAGUGUGAAAUGGAGAAAGAGUAAUAUGUCUGACUUAUUUUAACAAACUCUCAACACAGUUUUACUCUGUACAUAUGAAUUAUUCUGUGCAGGGUAUUGCCUUUUAUUGAUGAGCACUCUGGGUUUUUGUCAUGCGAGCAAUAUCAGAAAAAUGGGGACAUCUUACACUAAUUUACAGAGGCUUUCAACAAUGUCUAUCUGUGUUUUUCAUAUUUUAGACAUAUAGAUUUGUUUUGCUCACACUAAGCUGGUUAGACAAAGCCAGCCAUCCCCUGUGGCUGUGAUGGAUGUAAACUGUGGUAAAUGUUGAGGUGACCACUGUGCAAGUGGUCUGUGUGGUGCAAGUAACGUAACGGUAAAAUGUCAGUAACCUACAUGCUGUACCAAAUACUUCUGUCACUGAAAGAAUUUUUCCUUUUGUCAUGAGAUUUUGUUUCUAAUGAGGUUACAUGUCUGGAUGAUGGUGUUCUAAUGUUUUACUCAACUCUUCA